UCGGGCAUAACACCGAGGUAGAGGAUGAAGCAAACAAAGACAGAAGAAAAGAAGAAACCCGUAAGCAAACCCGUAAUGUGAAUCCAUUUCGACGUCGUGACUAAAAGAAGGGUGACAGGACGUACAGUAAACGCAAGUGUCACGUACUGGGCACCCGGGUUCAGAGUCGGGUUUAGUCUCCCUCUCCCCUCGGAGGAGUCACAGUGUUUGGACCUCCAAUCUUCACCGCCAUUGGCCAGGCCUCCUUGAGCACGCUAUGGAGUCAAAUGAGCAGACUCCUCCAGCCAGACUGCCGGAGGUCCUCAUCAUUCCGAUGAACACCCACCUCCCCUCCCCGCAAGAGAAGACCCCCCCCAAAAUGCCACCAGCUGAGCUGCCCGUUUCGCCCUCCGCCUCCCCCAAGCCACCCGCGUCACCCUCACAAAACAGUGUCUCUCCCAGUUGCACCCUCCCAAAAACGCAGCAGCCCCUCUCCAUUGCCAGUCCCCAGCUACUGGAAGAGUUGGCACAAAGUCAAGCACGCCGGCGUCCCCAGGAGUCGUCCCCCGAGCGCCCCGUCUCCCUGGCUGCAUCCCCGGCCGCGUCCCCGACCUCGCCCACCUCCCCUCCAGCCACGCCCGUCGCCAGCCCCGUGACAUUCUCUCCCACACAGGACACAGGAGGUCUUUCCCUCAGCAGUCCGGAGCUGCUGUCAGAGCUGAAACAGUCUCGGCCCCUCAGGCACGUAAAGCCCCACAGCAGCCUCACCACCAUCUUCUCCGGCAGAGGGCGAGUGGCUCGAGGUCCCGCCCACGGUUCAGACUCUGCUGGCCAAUUGGGGCCCCAUCUUCCACCAAACACCCGGGCCAACGGGAGGAGAGAGGAGGCAGGCAGUGGGCAGGUGGCCAAUGGGACACAGCGUUAGAGCAGGGUGGGAGUUGGUCAGUGUUUCAGCGAGCCAAUCAGUUACACUCCCCAGGCUUUUUUCUGCCAUUUUAUCAUCCAGUCAGUGUGUCCAUUAUUCACCCUGAUUCAAUGCCAGUUACAGCAAAGUAUAAACAAAACACUGCCAUUCAAGGUUUUAUAAGGUAAACCCGUGCCACAUUAGGAGGUGACACAAGCCUGGAGCUAGCACCCAAUCUGAGGUGGCAAUUGGCUUACGGGAAGAGAAAAAUGUUUAAUUUCAGUGGAUUUUAUACACUCCUCUCAAUAAUAAACGUAUUAA